AUGGCUUUCCCUUCGCAGCCUUCGGGCGCGGAAGUGAGAGGGAUGAUAGACGCUAUGGAGCAUGAACGAGGUGAGAGUACACAUCAUCAUGCGCAAGCUGGUCCGGGUACAACUGGAUGUCGACGAUCGCGAGACAGAGGCCGAAAACCGCGGAGAAGUUUCCGGUGCAGACAGACUGACCGAGACAAACUGACCGAACACGCUCCAUGUCCUUCUGACCGUUACCUCGCCAGGCGCCUUCGUAGUCGGCAUCUUCUUCCAAACUUGCCUCCUUGGAAUGGUCGCGGCUCAAACGACGGCGUACUUCCGACGCGGCUCGAAAGAUCCGAUUUAUUUCAAGUGAGCAACUUGUUCGGGCUUCCGCGCCUCGGCCCGUAGCAUACACGGAGCUCAUGCUUUGGACUGUGGCGGUGGUGAAAUCCGACAGAGUACUCCUCAUUUUUGUCGUGUCUGUUCUGAGCGUCAAGUCACUCAUGAAUAUUAAGACCGUCUAUGCUACAGUACGUCUUCCCCUCCGAAUCCACAAUGAUACCCCUGAUUGAUCCAUGUUCCUCGACUUUGGCGUUUGUCAGUGCCUCUUCGCACGCUACGGCAAACGAACCCCACCCCCCUUUCCCUGGACCGACCGAGCCGCCAUCGUCCUGAACGACAUCCCUCUCAUCGCUGCUCAAUCCUAUCUUUGUUAUCGUCUUUGGGUCGUAAGUGCUCCCCGCCACUGGUGACCUUGUUCUUUUCCACUCUUAAUAACUCGCUUUCUUUCGACACUAUAGGCCUCCUUGAAACGCGUCCUUCCCACGCUUCUGGCACUCUUGGGCACACUCGCUUCGCUUAUUUCUUUCAUCAUCUUUGCGACGAAUGUGGGUAAGCUAUCCAGACACCUCCAAUCGCCUGCAGAGGUACAGCGGCUCACCCUAGUGUGAUGUUCUUGUAGUCGCGCAUAGCUUAGGGAAGAAAGAGAUCCCGAGAACAAGGGCAGUCUGGCUCCCAGGCUGGGCUUUCUGUCUCUGUGUAAGUGGCACACUCGCGGUUGGAUAUGACAACUACUGAUAAUUUGAACUUUUCCGAUGUCUUGCCGCAGAUCACGGAUGUCUACCUCUCCGCCGCAUUCGCGUAUUACUCGCUUCAGACGAGGAAGAAAGCCGUCGGUCACCGGUACGUCUCUUUGUUUGAGAUAGAUAUCGAUUAUAUAUUUAACCCCAGAUGCUCACGCCACGUCUCACCAUUCCAUUCCACAGCCUCGACUACAUGCUCAUUCGUCUCGCAUCACUUGCAAUCACGACUUGCAUCCCACCUGCGAUCGUCUCGGCCGUGAUGGCGAUUUUGGAGAUCAUCAAUCCCUCUGGACGGGUGAGUAAACUUUCCCUCCCGGAAUUUCAGAGAGUGAGCAAUUUUCGCCACCGCUCCUAGUAUUCUGAACUGGCACGCUGUGUUUCGAGUUCCGUCCGAUAGUCAUGGAAUUUUUGCACCGUCAUCCUCGGGGCCCUCUACACGGUCUGCAUCCUCCACGCUCGUAAGCACCCCCUAUCCCACACCUUCCACUGCCUAACCGAACCCUUGAAUUUGACCCCUUCUUCCCUCUAUAUCGCAAGUUAACGCCCGUCACCAAAUUCUCGCCGAAGCGCGUUCGCGCUCAACAAUGAAGAACGCAUCCCCGUCCGUGACGGGUCGCAAGGACCCUUCUUCAAGUUUAAGCAAUGUGGCGAAGAAGCUGGCUCUUUGGUCGAAGAAAAACGAGGAGGAUCAAACAUUUUCAGGGACGGAGUCUGCGAAGCACAUUUAUUCGAUCGAAUUACAUUGA